GCUUAGUUGUGUGACUGUCGUAAAUCAGUGGUGUACGCUAAUCUGGGGUCUGUUGCUGGAUUACCGUACGCCAGUGAUUGCGCGAUAUUACUGGCAUCGCUACUCCGCGCCCAAGUUCACACCACUCAAUUAAUGUUAUGCUAGCGAAUAAAUAUUACCAGUCACAUAUCAUAAGGUGAGCCAAGAUGUGUUGAUACAGUCCAUCCAAGAGCUGAGGAGACAGGGGACUGAAGCAGAGUUGUUUGGGGGGGGGGGGGAAACAUUGCUGAUACUGAAAAAAAUACUGGUGUGAAUGCUUGUAAGUUUCAACAGUUUGAGUGAAUUAUUUAAUAAACUGCUGUAAGAAGUAGGGCACAAAGGAAGAAUGGAGGAAGCAGGAAUUUCAGAAAGCAAUUUUCGCCAGCUGUUGUUGGAUUUUUCAAGAUGGUAUGAUGGACUUGGAUACAUCAAUAUGCUGAAAGUUUUGUACAACAACAGAAAUCAUGUGCCGAUUUAUUAUGAGUUAAGUGAAGCUACUGAGGUGAUGUCCUUGCUAAGAUUGUUAAUUGGUUCUGGGAAUUUGAGUCCAACGAAUCUCACUAUCCUGUAUGACACAAUAGUAGUUACUCGACAAUUUGGCUUCAACACCAGAAUUGUACUUCCACCUUUACAAAGAAUCAGGGAACGUCAAGUGUCUUCAUUCACAAAAUACAGACAAUUCCUGUUGAAGCUAGGAAUGGUACUGACUAAAAGUGAUAGAGUAACGCUUGAUGUACGGUAUAACAUGCCGCUGUUAGAGAAUUAUAAAGAUAACUGGCUUUUGAUUCUGGAUCUAGAGCAAAAGAACAAGCUCUGUGAAGAAAGAAUUGAUGAAUUUAUUGAAGGAUUACCAAGUUACUUGGCUGUGAAAGCCAUACUGGAAGGUAAUGAAGAACCAUCGACAUCAAAACGUUCAAUGCUAAAUGAAGAUAAUGGAGAAGCAUCAACAUCAAAAAAACCAAAGUUAGACAAAGGAUAUUGUGGACCAAGUGCAAUGUCUGCUCAUCAACAGCAACCCCCACCAGCAAAACAAUUGCUCCAGCCUCAACAUUCGCAGCAUCUCAUGCUGCAGAGUCUUCAAAGACCAUUUCAAGGAUAUUGCGGACCAGCAGAUGGUAUGGUGGGAAGUGCAAUGUCUACUCAUCAACAGCAACCCCCACCAGCAAGACAAUUGCUUCUGCCUGAACAGCUGCAGCAAAUUACACUGCAAAGUUUUCAAAGACCAUCCCAAGAAAUGUAUCUGGUUUUAGGAUAUUGCGGACCAGCAGAUGGUAUGGGGGAAAGUGCAAUGUCUAGUCAUCAACAGCAACCCCCACCAGCAAGACAAUUGCUCCUGCCUCAACAGCUACAGCAACUCCAAGCACAGGAUGCUUACAACUAUUUAGCCUGGAAUCAGCCGAUUCCUGAUUCAUCGAGAUCAGCUGUGCAGGGUAAUCGCCCGAUGGAAAGUCUUCAAAGACCAUCCCCAGGUAGGCAUAUUGUUUUGAUAGCAGUGGCUAUUGCUACACCAGUCUUAAACUUAUUCUUUAAUUCUAAUUGGAUGUUACUGUAUGCAUGUAUUGGAUUUAGUGCAGUACCAUCCUAUCAGAAUUAAGAAUUGGUUUAAACCUAUUUUGAUUUGACUUCCCUUGCUUUUUCCAUGUCUGUCCUUAUGUUCGUUGAUCUGUAGUAGUCAGGGGCGGGCCAGUGGUUUGGAUUCAUUUGGUGCAAAAUAAAUUCCACUAACUUAGAAUGUUAGGUAAAUGCAGUGUACAUGAUAAAUGUAGUAUGGGCAGUUAUAUUUGUGAAAUUAGUAAAACACUUUCUUUUUUAUAAAAUACAUGUAAAUAUUUAAUGCUACUAUAAUACUAAUAACAAGAUAGGAAUAUGCUUAUCAAUGUAGUGUAAUUUGCUAAAUAAUUAUGUAAUGUUUUAUCUGGUACUUGGCUCAAAGAAAUUUAAACCUGAUUUCAUGAUUAUACUUUUAUUAAGAAAAUAUAAUGUGUUAAUAAUGAGUAUAUGUGGCACCCGUUCGUCAGGUUCAGACGGUGAGAAUGUGUUUUCCAGUUUGUAGCUACAUUGUAGCUCAUAUUACCUCUAGUUGCUAGGGCAGCUCCUUUCAUGGCCGAACAGUCUGAUUCUUGAUUUAUAAACACGAUUACAUUUGGACGGUAAAAUUCCCCUUGUGGAUCAUUUUGUGACACAUUCUGUUUUCUUCUUUCACAACGUUCUCUGAUCAGAAUGUAUAAUACAUACUCCAAGUAUUGAAAUACACGCCAUCGUGUUGGGAUUCUAUAUUUCGACAUUAAUUAUGUCAUCAUCAGGAAUGAAAAAAUUAUCCAUAUUAGCAAGCUUACAG